CUAUCUUCUCUGCACUCAGCAAUUUUUUAUAACCAACAAAACUGGAUUUACUGGUGACGUGGUGUAACCGAACUUUCAUAGUCGAAGGGUGUAACCGUCUCAGACUUAUUAAACAAAUUCUGUGACUCAAGAAGUAUGUCAUGUGGAGUUGCCCUGGCAUCUAGAACCCUAUUACAAAGGACGGAUGAUCAGUGCAGCUGACCGAUCAUCAGUAUGGAUGGAGAUAAUGACACACUACUCAUUAAAAUCGAACCAAAACAUGAAGAAGAAAUCCAUUUUGAUCUUCAGGGACACAUUUCAGUAAGCAACGAAGUUUCGGUGACAGUAAAGGAUGAAAUUACCAUUGGUACACAGUGUUCUGAAUCUCUUUGUGAUGAAGAAGUACGACACGCUGACUUUCGUCUCCUUUUCACUAGGAGAAAAACAGUAAAAUAUUUCAAAUGUGCUACUUGUGAUUAUGGAACAAAUCGUAAAUACAACUUAAAAGAACAUCUUUUUAUACAUAAAGGCUCUAAGGAUUUGAAAUGUGCUGAUUGUGAUUACAAGACAAAUUAUAAAAGGCACUUUAAACGACAUCUUUUAAUACAUAAAAAGUCUAAGGAGUUGAAAUGUGCAGAUUGUGAUUAUGAGACAAAUUACAAACCCUCUCUUAAAAGUCACGUUCUUAGACAUAAAGUUUCUUCUAAAGAUUUGAAAUGUGCUCAUUGUGAGUAUGGGACACAUAAUAUACUUUACUUCAAACGACAUCUUUUAAAACAUAAAGUUUCUAAGUAUUUUAAAUGUGCUACUUGUGAUUAUGAGACAAAUUAUAAAAGCAGCUUUAAGCAACAUCUUUUAACACACAAAGUUUCUAAGGAUUUUAAAUGCACCGAUUGUGAUUAUAAGACAAACAAUAAAAACUACUUUAAACGACAUCUCUUAAGACAUACAGUUUCAAAGGAUUUGAAAUGUGCUGAUUGUGAUUACGAGACAAAUAAUAAAUGGCACUUUAAACAACAUCUUUUAAGACAUAAAGCUUCAAAGGGUUUUAAAUGUGCUGAUUACAAUUAUAAGACAAAUAAUAAAUCCGGUCUUAAAAGACACGUUUUAAGACAUAAAGUUUCUAAAGAUUUCAAAUGUGCUACUUGUGAUUAUGGAACAAAUCGUAAAUACAACUUCAAACAACAUCUUUUGAUACAUAAAGGCUCUAAGGAUUUCAAAUGUGGUAAAUGUGAUUAUGAGACAAUUUAUAAAAGUUUCGAUUGCCAUUCCAAAUCCGAAUUCGAUUUGGAUUCUGAUUCCGACUACGAUUCCAUCUGCGAUUCUGACUGA